AUGGAUGGAAGUGUCAGUGAGGAUGAUUUCCAGGGUUUUGAGGAGUUUGUGACUGAGAAUAAUGAACAUAAUAGUGGUAAUGGCGAUGAAAAUCCAGACGACCCUCAACCAUCCACAUCUGGUGCCGGGCCAUCUUGUGUACAUUCAGUUGCACCAGAACAAGAGGAAUCUCGUAUUUUCCGGUCGGACACAGAUGUUGUGAGGGAGGAGGUAUUUGGUUCUAUUGCAUCUGUGCUGGUGUUUGACUCUGAGGAAGAGGUUGUUAGGCGUGCCAAUGACACCAACUUUGGUCUGGCAGGAGCAGUCUUUACCAAAGAUAUUCAGCGUGGUCAUAGAGUGGCCAAUGCCAUUGAAGCUGGGACUGUGUGGAUCAAUACUUACAAUUUAUACCCAACAGAAGUUCCUUUUGGUGGCUACAAACAUAGUGGCAUUGGUAGAGAAAAUGGCCUUACUGCAGUAGACUAUUUCACUCAGACACGCACAGUAUAUGUGGAGAUGGGAGAUGUUGAUUGUGGACCUUUAUACCAAGAAUAAAAACAUUUUAAAAAUAA